AUGUCUUUUAUUAUUCACAAACUCGGCCUUGCCGAUAACUUCAAGCCAACGCGACACAGAGCAGCAAGACCGCACUUCGGCCGUGGCGGAUUCCAAGUCCCAAACCCAGGUGGUACGGCAGACAUGUCUAGCUUCAUGAACCACGCGAGAGAUAUCGUCGCUGGCAAGGGUCUGCAAACCAACUACACAGCUUCUCCUGAUCCUUUACCAAACGCGCGCCAGGCAACACCCCUCGAAGUUCUCUGUCUCGCCAUCGCCAUCUUCGUCCUUGCUUGUAUCCUCGGUUUCAUCGUCCUGAUCGGCAUCAAGACUAGGCGCUCCCGGACACAACAUGAGGCCAAUAGCUUUCCAGAAAGCAAUGGCCGGGAGGGAUGGGAAUCACAUGACACGACACAGUUUUUCAUCAACGGUGUCCAGAGGCGGAGCGAUUCGGUAGCAGGACAAGAGAGGAACGAGCUCCAUCUCCUGGGGAGAGAUGAAACGGUCUCCCUCGCCCCAAAACACGUCUUCAGGCCUUGGAGAGACGCCGCCGAUGAGCGUAAUGGUGGGAUUGGGAAGUUCGACGGCACAUCGACGGGGCUUUCCAACGGUACCUUCCGGGACUCGGAACAGUACCCCACGACCGACGAUCAAGGGAUCAUUCGUUCAGUCGAUGAACAUCUACCCGCACAUUAUGGUCGUAGACCGUCGAGGCGCUUUGACGAGGGAGGUGUCAUGGAUACGGGCUCAGGACCGACGUCCCAUAUGUAG